AUAGCGUGUCUUGACUAGCUGGGACUUUUAUUUGACAAUGCUGAUGUUUAACUAAAAAGAAGGAGGUCUCAGAAUACCUUUGCUCUCUGUAGAUUGUGUAAUUCAAAUAGUGUACACAGAGACUUUGAGAACGAAACAGAAUCUACAUUUUCUCAUCUCGGUGCAUUGAGCACGGCUUUAAAGUGGCCAUGGAGGUGCUUGUGCUUAUAGACUUCGAGGCGACCAUGGACGACGAGUUAACGGUGCGGGUGGGGGACAUCGUGAAAAACGUCUCCAAAGGCAAAGAGGAUGGAUGGCUGGAUGGAGAAUUGCGAGGAAAAAGAGGAAUAUUCCCUGCCAACUUUGCUAAGGAAGUGCCUGUUUACUUAAUAGGGGACAGCAACAGAGAGCCAAGAAGUCUAAGAAAACCGAAGGAACCAAAAAUUCAGACCAGGAGAUGUGAGGUGGCUUUUGCCUACACUCCCAUGAAUGAGGACGAACUGGGUCUGGUGGUUGGGGAGACCAUAGAGAUUCUCAAAGAGAUUGAAGAUGGGUGGUGGAUGGGAAAGAAAAACAACCAAAUAGGAGCCUUUCCAUCAAAUUUUGUGAAAGAAAUUUUUGUCCCUCCAAAAGACAGCAAGAUGACUGAAGUCAAAUCCAGACCUAAACUCUCUGAAGCUCUCUUUAGUAAAGAGGGAAAAAUGGAACAGAGACCAAGUUUAAGGAAAAAAACAUCAAAUGUAAAAGAAUGCUGUCAGGUGAUGUUCGACUACACAGCUGUUGCUGAAGACGAGUUAAACCUGAAGAAGGGAGACGUCGUCACCAUUAUCAACAAGAACCUUCUGGGGGACCUCUGGAGGUCCUUGGACCCCAGUUUGAAAACCCAUGAUGCAGAUUACAUGGCUACUUACCAGAAAGCCACUGACGACGACGGCUGGUGGGAGGGGGAAUUAAAUGGACGCCGGGGUUUUUUUCCCGAUAACUUCGUCAUGGUUAUCCCAGCGGAUACCCUUCAUGUUGCAAAUGCGGGUCAGCCUCCGGCAAGACUUGGUUCUGUGAAAAAAACAGUGAAUCAGAUGCCAGCGAUGGACCAGAACAGCUCUGAUACAACCUCAAAGACAGAGACUAAAACUGAGAAACCAGAAACUAAAGACUUUCGAAGUGACCCACCAGGUAAAAUUAAGUUGCCUGGUCUACACAAACCACCAGUCCCACCACCACCAGCAAAGGAGAAGCCCAUCAAACUGGUUCCAAAAAACACUGAAGAGCCGCCAACUGCCUCACAAAAGCAGCCCAUUGUCUCAACAACACAAAAAGAGGUUCAAGACAAACCCAUCGACAAGUUUGAUGGUGUAGAUGUGUCCUCAGAAAAACUGAGCCAUCCUACAGCCAACAGAGCCAAACCUCCACAGAGAAGACCACCGACAGCUCUCCAGACCACCUCACAUGUUACAGAUGGUGCUUCAGCUCCCAACAAAACCGAGCAACCAACCAAGUCCACCUCACCACCCAGCACACAAACUGAAGCCAAAGCUGUGAUCCAGGAUGAGAACCCAUCACUGGCCUCUGUGCUGACAGAACUCAAAGAUCUCCGCGUCUCUCUGACUCUCCUCAAAGCUCAGCAUGAGAGAGACAUACAGGAGCUUAAAGAAGAACUGAAGGACGAGAGAGAUAAACGGACGAGAUUGCAGGAUGAAGUGGAGGCUCUGAGGAAAAAAUAGUCACUAUAAAGACCAAGCAUAUUUCACUACCCUAUGUGAUGCCCCUUGUGGACAUAAAUGAUGUGAAAACUGCAGAAAGACGAUUUUGGAAUUUGGAGGAAUUGGACAUGUUACAGUACCUGGUGAAUAAUUCCUGACUCAUUGGACCGCAUUCCAAAGCUAUGUUCAGGAAAAGACUUAUUUGUGUCUGAUAUUCAACUCAUAUGGUUGUGGGAGGCCUUUAAUACAUUUUUAAAGUGUAAAUACCAAAUAUUUGAAUAUCUUACUGUAUAUUUAUAUGGCAAUUUAGGGUUAAACAAUGUCAUAUGUUAAGAUAUUAACACUUGUUUUAUUCAAAUGUUUUUGGUUAUAUCCUGUGGAGUAGGGCAGAUAUUUUGCUCAUGGUCAUCGCAAAUCAUUUUGCAUUUGCAUUAAAGUUUUAUCUGUGUUCAAA